UCAGCAUGUUGCGUAAAAUAAAAUAAUAACCCGCCAACGGCCCAAAAAACCUCCGGCGAUCGAAGUCUCCCAUGGAGGCGACCCGCCUCCCCGCCUUGUUCAGGACCGCCGUUUCUAACGCUUCUCCGUUUUCCAAACUCCGUUUCUUCUCUUCACCGUCCGCCGCAACCCAACGUGCCUGGCAGUUCUACUCCGACGACGCCGACAGUACAGAAAGCGCUGUGUACAAGCACGCUCUCAAGUUCCAGCAGCCAUCCACCGUACAAAUCAAACCCCAUAUCCACAACUCUGUCAGCUUAAUCGGAACGGUCGACCGCCCUUUCCGGAGAUUCAACACCGCCGACGGUUCGCUGGGUGGCCAAACGUGGCUCAGUGUCUCAACGACCUCCGUGAGCAGACCUUUCAAGAUUAAGCUGAAAAUGUGGGGUGACAUAGCUGAACUUUCAAUGGUGCAUCUGAAAUGGAACGAUUUGAUUUAUGUCUGGGGUUACUUAAAGUCGUUUGUAAAGGCUGGUCAGGAAGGAAAUCCAAGGGUGUUUCAUGAGCUAAUUGUGAAGGAAAUAAAUUUCGUUGCUAGACAUGAUAAGGCUUCAACCUGCCAGGAAAGCAAGACAAUAGAAUCAUGGGAUGAAGAUAGGCUGGAGAAGUCCAAUAGCCGGCUUCAUUUGUGGCAAGUGUUCUUCAGCAACCCCUCUGAAUGGUGGGACAAUAGGAAGAACAAGGUGAAUCAUAAGGGUCCAGAUUUUAAGCACAGGUACUCUGGUGAAGCACUGUGGCUCCAACAGAACGAUCCACCGUGGAUUAGAAGACAACUUGAGCUGCUGGAUUCUAGACCCGUGGUUAAAGAUACAGGAUAUUCACAGGUGUCUCCAUUGAAAUAUGACGGCGAAUAUUAUUAGGUCUUGCAGCUUGGAGCCUGAAUGGCAUAUGGGAAAAGGCUCAUGCUUCCUCUGUGAAUUUAUAAUGUGCAGAUAUUACGGAGUAUUAUUUUUCCUUUAUUCUUGAAUAGAUCAAUUGUAUCAGUGAACAAAAAUAUACUUAGUAACUACGAGUUUUCCUCGUAAUAUAUAUACUGUAAUAGUGAACUAUGCAGUAUCAUAGGCAUAUUAGCAUAUAUUCUAAUGGGUAAAAGGGAUAUUAUGAGUGCAAGAAUAUCCUUUCUCUAAAUGUGAAACAUAUUGGUGUGAUUUAUUAUAAGAUAGAUUUUUAUUUAUGGAA